CAUAACAUAUUAUGGGUCAAAAAAUUAUCCAGGAAAACCUGUUUAAUCCGAGCAGUAUAUUUGAGAUGUUUUUCAACUGGGUAUUCUAUCUCCACCAGAUAUCCCAAAGGUAUUACAUCACAGAUGGUGGCCACAAACACCUCCAAUAAGACAUAAUUAUAAGUCAAUCAAUUAAUGAAUACAUUGAAUAAAUCAUGGAAUCUUGAAGUAAUCAUUUACUAAAUUAGUCUCGUUGCUAUGUUAUGGCAUAGUUGCUAUGACUGUCCAAAUUUUCGACCAAAUUAGUAUAUAUAACCAGAAGCAUCUUAGUGAUAGCAUCAUCAAAACAAGAAAGAUAGAACAAAGAAGGAUUAUAUAAAGACAUAAAAUCCAAAAACUGAUUUGGUUUCUCUUUAUCUUCAGGAUUUACUUGUUACAAGUUAUCAGGACACGCACGAUGGCGAAAUUUAAGAUGAGCAAUCUUAUUGGCUCACUUAUGCUUCUAUCUACGUGCUUAAUUGUAGUGCACAGUCUCCAAUGCCACUCAUGUCUGACAAUAGACAACAACGCCGCAUGUGGAGAUGCUGGUUUUAACUUAACUGCGAUUGGAAAUAAUGAAACAUGUGAUGCAUUGACCAAUUGUUGUGAAGGACAGUAUUGCACUAAAUCAAAGUCAAUAACAUUAGGUAUCACCACCAUCAACCGAGGUUGUUCAGAUUCAGCCCCAAGGAGUGCAAUGGCGACACCAGAGUGUAAUUACGCGGAAACAAAAGUCUUUGGAGUUAAUGUAAAGUCAUGGGAUUGUAGCUGUACAGGAACAGCCAAUUGUAACACUGGAACAACUGUGGCACCAUCUAUUAUCAUACUUAUUGUCGCAGCGCUGAUAAUUUAAAGAUACGGCCAUGUACACUCUACUAUACCUUGCAUUGGGUGUUCAUGAGCAACUCAUUUGGCUUAUUAGUAAUGAUUAUGUUAUUUGUUUCUAUUUGUCUGUUUCUUAUUAAUGGUUUAU